UGUGGAGGUUGACUAUAAAUACUGCUGGAGCUCGCUGCGUCCCAUUUGUUGUAAAUGUGUGUGGAUGUUUGUGAUAAACGGAACGUUUGUGUGUGUCUUUGGGCUAUUUAAUAAAAUUUUGUAAUUUAUUUUAAAAAGUAUAUUUGUUUUACGACGCACUUUAUACAACUGAAACUGAUUCACAAUGGUUGCAACAAGCACACUUAACCGAAACACUGAAUGCCUUUCUGAAUUUGCUGAUCAUGGAUAUGACCCGUCUUGUAUCGAUUACGAAAUGGACUUUUGGGAGAGGUGCUUGGCUGCACCCUACCUGGGGGCAGAAGUGUGUGAGGAGCAUGCGUGUCAACAGCUUGCCCGGCUGCUGGAAGGCUGUCUGGCAAGAGCCAAGACCAGCAAGCUGCAGUGUGCCCAUGUGCUCGUUCCAGAGACUCUGACCCGACGGGUGGCCCGGGAUGUGCUCAGACUGUCUGCGGGGGAACCUUGUGGGUUGAGGGGCUGCGUCCUGGACGUCCGUCUGGAGCUAGAGGAGCAGCAAAACCGUUGCGAGAGACUCGAGCGUCUUGCCUGCGACGCAAGCGUGGUGCCAACUUUCGAAUUGACAUUGGUUUUCAAACAGGAUUGUGGUGGUUGGCCAAGUCUGCGUGAAUUUUUACGCAUAGGUAGAUGUUUUCCACCUGGAACACGGCGUGCACUUAAACUCCGCCCUGGGUUCCGGCUGAUUAAGAAGAAACUGUACUCCUCUGCGGCUGGAACUGUAAUCGAGGAGUGUUGAAGGGGAGGGCAGGAGGUUUUUAAGGGUACAAUGCACUACAAACUUUAGUAUAAUGAAUGUAACACUGCUGAGUAGCAGCUCGAGUUUUUGUAAGUUUUUUUACUGUUGAAAUUGAGACUUUUCGGGUGACACUGGAACAAAAUGGGGAGUUUGCAUCAUAAUGGGUGUCAUGGGUGUACUGUAGUUUCUGGAAGUAUUAAAGCAAGUGGUGUUCAGAUUAGUGGCCUUUGCUUGGGUAGGUACUCAUCCAAGAAGAACACAAUUUUAUGCUUCAAUAAUUGGUACUCGAAGCAUUUGCUUUACUCAAAAUUUUAAAACCCCUUAAUCAAAUCCGUCAUGAAAUUCUCAAUUGCCUUUUGAUGUUCUAGUUGGGGCCAUAUUACUCAAUGUAUUGUGCUUUCUGUAAGUGUCUGUGCUUGUAAACCUUUUUCAAAGGCAUGAAGUCUAAAUUUAAAUGUCAUGGUUUCUAACGUGUCACUGUUUAAAAAGACAUUAUGGGAAGGUUUUUUUUUUUUAAACCCCUGUUAGUUAAUGCACACUGUUAAUGGUCAUUGCACAAUUGUUCAUCUAGUGUUUGUCCUUUUUAGUGCUUAAAGUUUAUUUUAUCUUUGUCAAUGAAUACACUUGUACAUUUUCCCUGCAGUGCUGCUACGGCAGCUGAGCAUUUUUCUUUACGAAGUUCCUGUUACAGGAAGUUGGAGAGCUUUGUCUUUUUUGACAAUAAACUAUAUUUUCAAAA